AUGGAUUGGUUUGUCGGAGUUGCAGAUCCUAGUGCCACACCACAAUAUGAUGCUUGGUGGGUACAUCAUAUUCUAGUACCUUUGACAAAUCCUAUGAUUCCUAUCUCUCCUCAGCAGAUUCAGCAUAGGAGGGCACAGGGAGGUAGAGGGAGAGGGAGAGGGAGAGAGAGAGAUGGUGGAGACCGAGAUGGUGGAGGUCAAGAUAGGGGAGGAGGGCAAGGUGGGGGUCAGAUUGGUUUGAGAGCAGCAGUAGCAAUAGUAGAGGCAGAGCGAGAGGAUAGUGAGGGUGAUGUAGACAUCGGUGGAGAUACCGAGUCUGUGAGUGACUCUGACCAGGAUGGGAGUGAGAGUGAUGAUUCUGAGACAGGAUCAUCUAGCAGUGGAGGGAGUGAUAGUGGGGAUGGUGGUGGGUAG